GACACCAUCUUCGGAGAAGCCAAAUUCCAAAUAAACCAUUUCAGUGACUUGAAAACACACCGUACACAAGCUGAAACCAAGUCUCUGUUUUCCUUUAACACAUUAUGGGUGAAAAUAAUCAAAAGGGAAGUUCAGUCAGUCAAGUCCGACGGGUAGAAAGUGAAAGUGCCGUCCAACCAUAGCAAGAGAACAGGAGGAAAGUUAUGCAGCGAGGACAUCCAGCAGUAUUCACCACUACAGGGAUUUCUCUUUAGACAACAUGGACGGGCUGACUUCAAGGAGGAUCGUCCUGCUGGGAAAAACUGGAGCUGGGAAAAGCAGCCUGGCUAACACCAUACUUGGAGAGCUGCUGUUCACCAUAAACGAUUCUCCCAACUCUGACACAACUAAAUGUCAAGCAAACACCAGAUCUGUCAGUGGAAGAAGCAUCACGCUGAUCGACACUCCAGGUUUCUUUGACACAGACAGAUCUGAGGAGGAGCUGAGGCCUGAGAUAGUGAGGUGUAUCACAGAGUGUGCUCCUGGGCCUCAUGCUUUUCUCAUUGUGCUCAAGGUGGAUAAAUUCACAGAGCACGAGCAGGAAGUCAUCAACAAAAUACGCCAGCAUUUCUCCCAAGAUGCCCUCAAAUACGCUGUGAUCGUCUUCACUCACGGUGACCAGCUCCCUGACGGAAAGAAAAUUGAGGACUUCGUUAGUCAGAAUAAAAAUCUGCGUGAUCUGGUAGAGAAGUGUGGAGGCCGGUGCCACGUCGUUGAUAAUAGAUACUGGAAGCACAACGAAGAAGACAACUACAGAAGUAACCAGUUCCAGGUGGAGGAGCUGCUCAACACACUGGACAAGGUGACUGAGGCAAACCAAGGACCCUGCUACACCAAUGAGAUGCUGCAUGCAGUGAAAAGGGAGAUAAAGAGAGAGGAGGAGCACUUGAGACAGUCAGCAGGAAACUUGUCCCAGGAGGAGGUUAUAAAUAGGGCUAAAAAGAGAUUCAUUGACAGGUUUUUGAUCGGAUCAGCAGGUGUUGCAACAGGUGCACUGUUAGGAGUUUUGCUCGGUGUGGCAGAGAUGGCUAAAACAGAUGUUGGAAGAGUUCAGGACCUUGCAGAGUUCUUUCGAAGAACGACAGUAGCAAAUGCAGCUUUAGAAAGUGGAGUAAAGGGAGGUUGGACAGGAUAUACUGCAGCUGGAGGCGCAGAGACGCCAUUGGAGGCUGUGCAGAAGGCAGCAAACGCUGUCUGGAGCCAAUCUGGGUUUGCAGCAGAUCGAAACACACAAUAAAGCAUCGACAGUAAACAGAGUGGAGCAGCUGGUGGACUAGGAAACAACGUUGAGUAUCAGUGGGAUUAUUGUUUUAGCAAUACAGAGUAAAAAAUUAGUAUGUAUCUGAGAAACUAUUGUAUCAGUUGAUUUUUUUCUGCUUGUGUGAUCUAACAGCAGCUGUGUGUUGAACUUUCCUCUCAGCCUCUCUUUUCUGUUGUAGCACCUGCAAUAACUUCUGCAGAUGAUGAAUGAUAAGUAUA